UAUAUGGGUCUCCAACUCUCCAUUGUUCGAAGUUCCACAAUGGCGGAUCACCGCCAUUUUCCGGAAGAAAUCCUGAUCGAGAUCCUCACGAGGCUCCCGGUUAAAUCCUUAGUACGCUUCACUGCAGUUUCCAAGUCUUGGUUCUUCUUCAUCACCAGGUUCUCCUUCGCCUCCGCGCACCUCCGCCAUUCUCUGGAAGGUAAUUCUGCCAACAGCGUCCUCCUCCUCAGGCGUUUUGAAAGUAAAUCAAAAAAGGAAAAAUACGAAAUCCUCAAUAGUCAUUCACUUUCCCUGACCAGUUCUUCCGAACUCAGCUCCCAGGUUGCAUGUCGGGUCGGGUACUCUCGUGUAGUUGGCUGUUACAACGGCGUCGUUUGCUUAUAUGAUGAUUUGUAUAGCGAUUCACACGCUGUGACCCUGUGGAACCCUAGUAUUCGGAAGCAUUUGAUCUUACCGCCUCCCACCAUCAAACAAGGGCGCCCGCUUAAGUCUGUAUUGGGAUUUGGUGUGAACCCGAACUGUGUUUAUGAUCUGAAAGUCGUGAGAGUUGCGUAUGAAAGGAAUGGUGACUAUUUGGAUCUGUGUGCCCUACCGCCGGAGGCUGAAAUUUAUUCUCUAAGCACAGGGGAGUGGAGAAGGAUAUCAGCAGCAGGCGUGAACUUUUAUAUGACCGAUUUCAUUUGGUCUCAAACGUUCGUCUGUGGGGCCAUUCAUUGGAUUGGGUGCAAAUCGCUGGAGAAUGAGAGGUUUCAGUCCUCUGUAGCAGUUUUCUCAAUGGCUGAUGAGUUGUUUGGUGAGAUUAUGCUCCCAGAUGAAUUGACUCGGGAACCUGCAGCAAAUUUAUAUAUUAUGGCAUUGGAUGAGUCUAUUUCUGUUGUUAAGUAUAAUAGAGAGGUCCACCGAAAUUCAUGUGAACUGUGGGUCAUGAAAGAGUAUGGGGUUGUGGAAUCUUGGAGUAGGCUACAUUCUAUUGAAUUGGUCGAAGGGAUGGAAAGAAUGGUUGGCUUUGGGAAAAAUGGUGACAUUUUUUUCUCUACUAACAAGAGUGAGCUCGUUUCAUACUGUCCAAACACCCAAGUAGUAAAUAAGCUUGGAUUUUUUGGGACUUGCCGCUCACUUUAUGUUGCGAAUUACGUAGAAACUCUUCUACUGCUUCAAGACCAUAGCUGCAUCAUGGAGGGCCUAGCUAAACAAAUAAAAAGUAUGUAGUAUGUCAAUUUGAAGAGAAGAUAGAGUGUGGUGGUUCCUUAUAAGGGUUAUUAGUAUAUAUAUGCGUCAAGCUGAAGAUAGUUAAUGGGAUCUGCUUGCUCAAGAGUUCAACUUCGUUUUGAAAUAGUAUAUGCUGCCAAAUUUGUAUGGAAGUUAAGAUUGGGUCUGCCAAAGACCCGUUUGUUAACUCUUAUUUUUGGCGUACAGGCUUUAUCCCAAACACUUGAACACUUUAUUUAAUGAAAAGGUUGGAGUUACUUUUAUAGCCGAAUGGGAUGAAAUUGCUUAAGAAGAUUA